AUCACUAGUUUUCCUGUACUGAGCGGUGGCGGGAGAUUCACGCAUGCUCAUCUGUAUAAUCUGAGCUAAAUUUGCGCGAUUAUUGAAAUUACUUUAGUAACCAGCAAUGGCAACACAGCAGAACGGUUCUUGCUACACGAACAGAGCUUCGUCUGAUCUUGUUCACAAAAGCGACACAGUGGCUGCAAAUGGUGAAGUCCAGUUGGCGCGUAAUGGAGAUCACAAGCAGGCCUUACGAUUCACCUUUAGUGCCGAGCCUACUAUCGAAGACAUCAGACGGAUGCAAGCCGAAUUCACAGACGAGCGCGACUGGAACCAGUUUCACCAGCCUCGAAAUUUGCUGUUGGCCAUGGUCGGGGAAGUGGGAGAGUUGUCGGAGCUGUUUCAGUGGCGAGGGGAAGUCGCAGAAGGCUUACCGGACUGGACCGAGCCGCAGCGAGAGCACCUCGCCCAAGAACUUAGUGACGUCUUGAUCUACUUAAUCGAGCUGGCCGAGAAAUGUCACAUUGAUUUGCCACAAGCUGUACUGCGCAAAAUGGCCCUUAAUCGGAUGAAGUACCCGGCCAGCAAAGUUCACGGUUCGGCAAAGAAGUACACCGAGUAUAAAGACUCUUCCGAAUGAUUUUCGUUCUCCAGACAGUGUUACCCUGUUAUAUUAGCCGCGUUGCCUCCGUUGAAGGUGUUUUUAAAAGAAUUGCUGCCCUUUCAGGAACUGGAAGGUUUUCCAUCGUUGACUGUGGUCUUAUACGAAUGAAGUCUUUAAGUGACAUAACUUUUAUUUCCAUUUUAUGUUGGGUGAACCUAAAUGUAUUGUAUUUUAUUUUUUUGCAGUAGUAGUAAGAGAUGCUUUGUAAACUACCAAAGUGACAUAUUUUUUUUUUAUCCCCAAAUGUCUAAAGUUUGACCGGAAACUAGGAUUGGCGCGGUUUGGUUCUGCCGCUAACGUCAUGUUCCUUUUCAGUAAAUGACGCAUGCUCACCUUUUUUUUCUUCCCUCUGCCUCCUUCAUUUGCGUUGUACAAAAGCUAUCGUGGGCUCACCGCAUGAAGGCCGUAGCCACCAAACAUUGGGAGGGACACGUAUCCCCGAAAUUAAGAGAUUCUCAAAAGGCGCCCCCUCCAUAUACUUAGGUAAAAUAUUCCACUAAGUAGCUUUGCGCAAAAUCAGGAUCCGGCAGUAAUCCCAUCUCGUUAAUGGGACACUUAUUUUAACAACACCUUACCGGCAUAUCAGCACUGCCAACUUGCCAACGUCUCUGACUUGCAGGAAGAGGUAACGUUAACGUCAAUGCAUCUUUUUGCACUGAAACUGUAACUUUAGGCAUAAAUAUUUUACUAAGAGUGUAUGAAGUGGAAACAAACGUUUUGGUGAAAACACGCCAAUUUGCGAACGCUAAAUCAACCAUCGCCACUACUGACGUUAGAUAUCAUGGAUGGCUAUGUUACCUGUAAAGUUAGGCACACAUUCCUUCAGCGUUCAACAGUCACGGGUAUAUUCAGCUAACGUUAAUGUUUUUAUAUUUCGUUAUAUUUGUUAAAUCCCACGUGAAGUCUAAGUAAAGUGUCAAUCAUUGUAGUGAUGCGUAUGAACAUGUAGAGAGCAGUAGCUAUAUUAUUUCUUCAUCAUUUCAUCUCAUAAGAGUGAAUUCCCUGCCCCCCGGGUAGAUUUGGUCCUCCGCAUUGUUCAGUUCAUGUCUGAGUCUCGAUAGAAAUAUAUUGCAUUGUGGGAUAAAAGUACUGGUAUUUUUACAUUUCAGAGUUUUAAAUGUUGGUGUUACUAAAUACUUCUUAUUUUAUACAGAACCCACUUUUAUUCGUAUGUUUCUUUUGAAACAAAUGGAUGGUGUAGCACUAGUUUGUCCAUUUCAAGGAAUUUAAAUGCAACAUUCAGUCUAGGUCCUGGUGACCUGUGUGUGUGGGGGUCACAAUCAGCAUUGAAUGUGCAAAGUGGGCUAUGCUGGAGCAGGGGCAGCAGGACUGGCUUGACCUAGGUCACUGCACUAUAAUAUGUUUAGCUGUGCACAUGUUCUGUUACUAUGAUGACUACACUAAAUGUAGCAGAAAUGGAAUUUCAUAACUAAUGAAAUGGGACAUGUGACCCACAUGUUGUACAUAUGUAAGCCAAAUAUUCAUUUUAAAGUGAGAGUUCUAAUCUGGCAUCAAUUCAAAUGGCUGUAGUUAUGAAGAUGUAAAAGACAAAUGCUGAUUCCAGAUGAGCAUUAUUACAGAGUCACUAAAUGAUCCAACGAUUGAAAGCUUUUCUCUGCAGUCAGAUUUGUGAGGUUUAGUGUUUUGAAAUUAGCUGCACCCUUCAAGUGUUUGUAAGCUUAUCAGCCAUCUUCACUCUGUGUGUGUCACUGUUUAACCCCAAACCAUGUGAAACAUGGUAGUUGAAAUUGCUCUUGUAAUCCUGAGCUCUUAAAAUACCCGUGAGUGCUCACACAGCUGUCUGUGCUGCAAGAAGACAGAGUCUUAAGCUCAUCUUAACUGAUAGUGCUCAGUAUGUUUGCCCUACAAUUUGUGGUGUUUAUGGUGCUUCUUGAAUACCCAUCGCUGUUUCUUGCAACUUUGGCAUAUUACUCAAAAAUCCUGUGAUUUAACUGUCUGAAAAUUCAGAUAUAGGAUUUUUAUAGAUCAUUCAAGCCUGCUUUAUUCCACCUGAAAUGCGUGCUGCGUGACAAUAUAUUUCAAAUGGCAUCUGAGUUUGCCAUUUAGAUCAAAGCUCCUCAGUAAAUACAGGGUAUGUAAGUACAGGGUCCUCUGGCAGUGGUGUUGAAUAGGGACAAAUGGUUCUUCUCAUCUUUAUUGCUUUUCUGCACAGCAUUUGCAAGUAUUUAACAGCUCUGUGUGUGUGGCUCAGAGCACUCUGUGGUUGGCAUUGCUGCAUUUUUUUUUGUUAUUGUACCCUAACGACAGUUCACCAGUUUUUUUAUUUACCCCACUUUGUUUUUCUGGCCAGUGUAAAUCCUGUGCUGAGGCUCUGUAUACAUGCGCAGUAAUUAUGGGUAAUGCAUAUGGAGUGCACAGUGCAGUGCUGCAGAUCUGAUUGUUGUUGGGGGAGCAUGCGCUAGAGUUCUCUCUCUCUCUCUCUCUCGCACACACAUUCGUUGGAAUAAUUUAAAGCAUUGCCUGACUACUUAUCCCUUAAGUCAUGGAACGAUCUCACCAAUCUUGCUGGCAGCUUGAUUGGACUGAUUCUUGUCCUUUCUUUUUUUUUUUUAGUACGCUCUAGAAAUGGUAUUGGCUACAGAACAAAUUCAAAAAAGAAUAAAAGUUGCAUUCUUUCUCGCUCUUUCACUUGUUUCUUUUCCAGCCCCCUCACCUGUUUGUGGUGGUUGGUGGGUGGAACUGUCGGCCCCUGCACUGCGGUUGCAGCUGCCUCUGUACCCACCCACUAAUGGCUAUUCAGCGCGUGUUCCAGCUUUCAGAGAACUGCAUUCCCUCCAGUGGUCACACACAGCCUGAUGCAUCAUGCAUCGGUGUGAUCUGUAGGAAUACACAUUUGGACUUCCAUGCCUGCCCACCUCUGUCCAUGCGUACCAUAUGUGGCCCCACAAGCCUGUCAAACAUGCUGAUCGUUGUAGCAUUGAAGAAACUGUGUGUGGCACUUGAUCUAAGCAUAUAACAUGGAUAUUUUCAAGAAGUGCUUUGUGAUGCAUGAUUUACACCUACAUCAUGUUGCAUAACAAUGUUGACAGGUUUUCCACAUUUUUUUCCAUUGUUAGGCUGUAUAUUGUUUUCCUUUUACUGAAAAUAUCUGCUGAAAGAUUCUCAAUUUUUUGUUAUCAGUGAUUGGUAGAUUAUUGAAUUUUCAUUUAAAUAUUGUUCUCUAUUCAGUUAUUCAAUACCUUGUUUCACUAAGCAUUAAUGGUUCUUCUUCACUGUUAGUCACAGACAAAGUGCCUCACCAGGAUUGUAUUUAAAUGUUUUACUGUCUUACCUUUAUUUUUGGUUUUAUGUGAACUACAUGAUAUAUUUUCAAUCAGAUAUAAGUCAAAUAUAUUUGUGCAGGUUGAUUGUGUUGAUUAAUGAAUUAAUACAACUGGUGAUUGCAAAGCAGUAAUAAAAUCCACUGCUAUCAGUUAUAUAGCA